GUGUUUGAGGGCACCUCGCUGGUGAACAUGUACGUGCGGGGCUGCUGGGUGAACGGGAUCCGGCGGCUCAUCAUCAGCCGGCGGGGCGACGAGGAGGAGUUUUACGAGAUCCGCACCGAGUGGUCGGACCGCAACAUCCUCUACCUGCACCGCAGCUACUCCGACCUCGGCCGCCUCUUCAAGCGGCUCCUCGACUCCUUCCCCGAGGACCGGCCCGAGCUGUCCCGCUCCCCCUUGCUCCAAGGGCUCAUCACAAUAAAAGAAGCCCAUGAUAUAGAAGCCAGACUUAAUGAAGUGGAAAAGCUUCUGAAGACUAUUAUAAGCAUGCCCUGGAAGUAUUCAAGAUCUGAAGUCGUCCUCACAUUCUUUGAGAGAUCUCCUUUGGACCAAGUUCUAAAAAAUGACAACGUCCAUAAGAUUCAGCCGAGCUUUCAAAGUCCAGUUAAAAUAUCAGAAAUCAUGCGAUCAAAUGGAUUUUGUUUAGCCAACACUGAAACAAUAGUCAUUGACCACAGUAUACCCAAUGGAAAAGAGAAGCACCUGGACGUAGAUUCAGCAGAACACUUGUUCGAAAGUGUUAGUGACUUUACCUCAGAGCUAGAAGACAGUGAUGAUCCAACAGCUUAUGUCACCAAUUUGACAUACUACCACCUGGUCCCAUUUGAGACUGAUAUUCUGGACUGAGGCUGCUCAGUGAUGCAGUCGGCCAGCAUCCAGCCGACCUCUUCGUCCAUAGGCUCUGCUAUCUCCGGCGUUGCAUCUCUGUGAAUAAGGCUGUGUGGGCAAGACCAACAGCAGAGAAGUUGCAGCAAGUAUACCACAAAGCUGGUUUUGUAGUCUGGCCUUCCGCUGGGUGUUAUGGAGACAUCUUGUAAGGAGGUGACUGCUUUGCUGUUGACAACAAAUUCAUUUUCUGUGAAAGCAAGGCAGCAGAGGCCUCUUGGGGCUCAAGGAAAUCUCUGCUAUGUCUGUGGGAAUUGCCACUCUGACGCAGCCAUCGGAAACUUGUGCUGUAGCCCAUGCUCUUUGGCUUGCAGUGCAAGCUGAGGCUUCCUCUUUUAGGAUACCACCAGAAACUUCCCCAGAUGGUGUGACCACACUUUUUAUGCCAUGUAAGUGAGAAGGUGAGCAAACCAGCUGAAUUUUGUCGGUUCCCUCUGCAGUUGCUUAAUGGAGGUCUUGUGAGUCACUU